AUGUAUUAUUAGACACCUACUCCUAUGAUGCCCCUGGCUCAUGCGAUGAACAACCCUCUUCAAGUACAAUAAGCUGCCAACAUUCGCAAACCUGAUUUCCCCCCAGAUGUAACAUUAUGGGUUUUAUCCUUAGAUGCAACCAAUCUUUGUCAUCCCUCAAAUUGCUCAUAUCAAAUCCCAAUUGAAACCAAAAUGCAGGGCCUAUGAUCCCAUUUUGGGGGUUGGAAGAAAGGCUGAGUGGAUGCUGGAUAAAUUUGAAGAUGAAUAUGAAUAGAUGGAAAGAGAAGAAAGAGAAAAAGGUAUUCAUAGUUAUGAUUUUGUAGAUAUUGUUAAGCCAUCAAGAUUGCCACUGAAGAUAUUGAAGAAGCAAGAGAAGAAAAGAUAACAUAGUGAAGAAGUCAAGAAAAGAUUGUAAACAUGGAAUCCAUUUGAAGAUGCAAACAUCACAUCUGAUCCCUACAAAACUUUGUUUGUUGGACGAUUGAAUUUCGCUACAACUGAUAAAAAAUUGCGCAAAGAAUUCGAAGAAUAUGGCCCUAUCAAAUCUGUUAGGAUAGUGCGAGAUUCAACUCAUGAUAAACCUAGAGGUUAUGCAUUCAUUGGUAAGGGGGUGAUCAUAAAUUAAAAGAGUAUGAAAGCAAGAACAGUGUUAAAUCAGCUUAUAAAUAUGCAGUGGAUAAGCGUAUUGAUGGUCGCAAGGUUGUUGUAGAUAUCGAAAGAGGUAGAACAAUUCUUAAAUGGAGACCUCGUUAUCUUGGUGGGGGAUUGGGAGAAUUGAGAAGGUCAAGGAGUGAAGAGUUGUUGAAGAAGACCAAAGAUGAUUAGGUCGAGAAAGAGGAGGAAGACAAAAGACGCAAAACUAAAAAAGGUAAUUCUAUAGAUCUAUCCUCCUGUAGACGAUGGCAAGUCAUCCAAAAAACCUAGAUCUCGAUCUAAGAGUGCCAAAAAACACAAGAAGAGAGAUGAGAGUGAAUUUAAGAAGAACAAAAAGAGAGAAAAAUCCAAAAAGAAACAUAAAUGAGUGAUCAUGAUGAUGAAUAACAC